AUGGAGCGAGCUGGGUCGGGGACCGCCAAGUCCUUGUUUCCCAAAGGACCCAGCUUCUCCUUGGAGGACUUCUCCAGCAAGGACUUCAUCGUCCGUGACUUUAUUGACUCCCUCGCGGAAACGGCGGUGCCAGUCAACCGCCGAUCGGGGCCCUCGCAGCAGGCUUUCGACUCGAAACCUCUGAUCCGCACUUUCGAGAGCGCCCUCUCUCAACUCGGAACCUUGUCCGAAGAUCUCCAGGAGACCGAAUCCGAAUUGCUGUCGAACGUACGCCGAGCUGAAGCCCAACAUGACCAGACACUCGAGACCCUCGGUCGCAAGCUCGACCAGUCCAUGCAAUCCUUCGAAGCGCUCGAUCUGAACCUCAGCAACUCCAACGGCACACCCGACCGAAGCGGCAGGCAGGAAGUUGGAGGCAACGUCGCCGUGCAAAUCGGCGAGAAGCUGGAGGAUCUCGACAAGAAGAGGAGGAGGGCGCAGGAUGCCAUCUUUCUCAUCCAAUGCUGGCUCGAGGUCAGCGAGACCGGCCGGCUGUCGUCCCUCGAAGACAUUCAGCGUAUUGGCGGAGCAGAAAACAAAGUUCGAUGCGCCGUCAUUUCCCGCCAGCUGAUGCGCAUGAGCCAGAGGCUCGACCCGGCAUCGUGGGGCCAGACCAACGGCUCACGCACAAACGGCGUCACCAAUGGCGUGUCUGGUGCGAGCAGGCACAACACGCGCGAGGUGCUCGAAAAGUUCAGCGAGGGGCUUGAGCAGGAGCUGCUCAAGCAGUUCAACAACAGCUACCGACGACAAAACUUUGACGACAUGAUGGAGUGCGCCAAGGUGCUGCAAGACUUCAACGGCGGCGCCAGCGUCAUUGCCGUAUUUGUCAACCAGCACCAGUUCUUCAUUGAUCGCGACCAGCUCAUCACGGACGAGGUCACCACAGACGGCGAGACGUGGGAGCAGCUUGCGGAUCCCGACUCGGAUCCUCCAGGCGUGGAACCCAGUCUGCAGUCUCUUAUUGACGAAGUCAAGAUUGUCAUGCAGGAAGAGUCGUUCAUCAUCAAGCGCGCCUUCCCCAACUAUGAAACGGUCCUCAUCAAAUUCAUUCAGAGGGUGUUCCAGCAGUCAAUACAACAGCGACUGGAGUUGGUUCUGGACAAGGCGAAUACGGUCUCAUCGCUGGCCUUCUUACGAUCCCUGCACUCGUCGAGAGCAUACAUUAGCACUUUGAUCGAGGAUCUGAAGUCCCAUGGCCUGACAGAGCACCCCGAACCUGCCUCGGCGCAGAUCUCCCAGACCCUUGAUCAGCAGAUGGAGGAGCUGUUCGUUCCUUACCUUGUCGGCAACUCGUACAUCGACAGGGAGAAGAAGAGCCUGGAGGAAAUGUACAACUCGCUGCUCUUCAAGUUCACGGCUUUCCACGCCAAGAGGAAGAAGGCACCCACAGGCUUCAUGGCCUCGCUGGCACAGCAGAGCACACAGCUCAUGUCGUCAGCCAAGGAUGCCUAUCUUGAACGUCUGGACUCGUCUGAAUUGACGCCAACGCAAAAGACCAUGAUGCUGCGUGUGGCCGGCCUGUCAGCCAACCGCGACAGCAAGAACGAAGUUGAGCUUACCGAGGAGGACGGCCAACUCCGGGUGCAGAACGCGAAGCGCAUGAUGAAGUGGCUGGCCGAGAGCGUGCGGCGGACGCUGGAGCUGGGCUCGGCAGUCGAGACGCCCAAAGAUGUCAACAUUCUGCUCAACCUCCUACUGUCCACGAUGGGCCACGUCUACAUCGAGACGGGCCUCGACGCUGCCCUCGACCAGUCCUCAUCUCUCGAAAACGUAAAGACGGAACCUGACAUGAGCUUCCUGCCCACCAUUCGCCCGGCCGUCACCAUCACGGCCAUCAUGGAGCGCUUCAUCACCACCGUUCUCAUCAAGCUCGCAGAGUCCAACACGACGGUUCGCCGCAACAUGUCCUCGCAGACGAGGACCUCGAUCGAGACGAUUGAGAAGAAGACAAACAGCGUGAUCCGCUCCUCCAUUGACGUUCUCAGCAACUGGGUCUCCCGUUCGCUCUCCUCGCAGAAGAAGCUCGACUUCCGCCCCCGCGACGGCGAGCUCGACUCGCUCCAGACCCCGACGUGUCUGCAGAUUAGUACCUUCCUCGCCAAGGCCGCCCGUCAGGUGAGCCAGGCCGUCGACGGCCACAACAUGGAGGUCUUCGCGUCGGAACUCGCGCUCGCCGUCCUGGCGCUCCUCUUUGAGCACUUUAAGAAGUUCCAGGUCAACGCCACGGGCGGGCUCAUGGUCGCCCAGGACAUUUCAAAGUACGCCGCCACGCUCAAGGCUUUCGGCUCGCUGACCAAGGAGGUCGAGGCCGCCGUCGAGCUGCUGACCGAGGUCGGCUCGCUCUUCAUCGUCGGCCCGGAGGCGCUGCGAGAAAAGUCGAGAGGCCUGGCUGUGACGGGGCCGACGGGCGUCGCGGCACGGAAGCUGACGAAGCCGGAUUUCCGCGCCUUUGUGCAGAAGCGGGAUGAUGCGGCGUCGGUGGGGAUUCAGGGCGUGCUGGCUGGGCUGUAA